UGUAGAUGUCAUAAUUUUAAUUUAAUUUCACUUAAAAUACCUAUAUCAUAAUGAAAGUGUACUUCUUUUUAUUUUUAUGGUACUACACACAAUAACAGCAGAAAAAGCAUUAUCGAAGCUCCGUCGGAAGUUGUUCGUGCCUAAAAUAGACGAUAAAUGUAGGAAGAUAAAGUGUCCGAGCGUGGAUGAGCCGGAGUGUGUCCGGAUGAAACGAAAUGAUCUUGGUAUCAAUGUCCAUGUCAUAGUGGUGAACAAGUGCGAGCUGUAUUAUAUGCAAUGCCAUGACAACGUGGAAGCUAAAAUCGUUCCGAUGAAGUUUUGCAGCCACAACCACGGGCCAGUCAAAAAAAUUAUGAAAGAUAAAUCACAUUCACGAGUGAAAAGGGCAGUGAAUGAGCAAGGUAGUAAGGUUUCUUUCAUUUUUACCCGACUGUGUACAAGGGUAUUGUGUUUGUCUUAUUCCAAUCAGUAUGUGAUAAUUAAAAUAUUAUUAUUUUUCAACAGAAAAUGGUAAGUGUUUUUACUGAUA